AUGGAAGUAGAUAGCAGUUCAUCUUCGUCUUCCGAUGAAGAAUUCGAGUCAUCCUCUACGAACACUGCGUUUAUUCAUUCCGCACAAGUGAAGUUAUCUGUUGGGAGCGAAAAUGCGGCGAGCACAGUGGCAGAUGUCAUAAAAAUCGAUAAAGAACCGAGCAGAAGUGGUGCGCGAAGACAAGUGUCAAGUGAAGGAGAGUUCGUUAUUAUUAAUAUCGAAAGCAGAGACCCAAAAUCUCUUUCAAAAUCAAUCAACAAUGCAGUCGAAAUGAUCGAUUUGUCGCUGAAAACGAUUAAAAUGUGUGAAAGUUUCGGAAAAGCGAAAGAAAGCGGAUUAAAAAGAAAACUCUCUGAAAAUUCUCAAUGUUGA